AUGAGGGACAAAAAAAAAGGAAUUUAUAGGAUAUGUUCCCUAUCAAAUAUAAAAAAGUUUUGCAAAAAACUCAAGCUGUCUAAUGUCUCCACGGACGGAUUAGUGGACGUAUUUAACCAUUACGACGUUCAUAGAACAGGCAAAAUUUCCAAGGAUCAGUUUAAGUCACUCUUCACCACUGUUGGGUCAAGAAUGUCCAAUGCAGAAAUGGAUGCAAUUAUCAGGGAGCUGUGCAACCAGGGGGACCAAAUUGAUUACAAGGAGUUCCUGAGCAAGUAA